UACCAUGGCGCUAAUGAUUACAAAUGGCCGAACCUCGAUGUACUUACGCCGUCUAAAAGGACGAGUCGAGUGAUCGAUCGAUCCCUCUUCCCAAUAUCGCUUGAUUCGAUUUAGGUCUCUCGCGUUCGUGCCGUGCCACGAAAUUAUCCACGCGCUCUUUCUUCCUCCGAAGUACAAAUUUGGUGAAUCCAUACGCGGACACGUGCGCGAUCCUCGUGCCUCGAAUCGAAUAACGAAUUCGAAGAUAUCCCUUUUUUUUUGUUUUCCUCUAGAAGACGAUGCGCCGUCGCGAGAAACUGUCCUACGAUCUAAAAUGUCUCUUUAAUCCGUUCGAAGUGUGAAGGAUCGGACGAGGAUCGGGGCAAUCAUGACGAUGCAGAACAAAUCGACGCAAAGUGGGAUCGAAGUGGGCAAGAGCGUAAUGAUCAUAGAGAGAAAAAGGAAAUUGUCUAUUCCGAAAGAUCUUAAUCUGAUAACUUGUUGGAAUAUCAUGGGACCGGAAUUAGCCGAAGAAUUCGAAGAAGGUUACACGCAUAUCCCGUACAUCCUCGAUACGAAUGCAUACAAAAUCGGAUAUAUUUUCGUGCCGAUCGAGUCAAUGAUCGAGUGCCUUUGCGUAACCGAGGAGAUCGUCAAAGUUCUCGGUCCUCUCGACAAUUUCGUCGUAAAAAGCAAAACGAACGAAAAAUUUUUGGAUCUUGAAAACAACCUUUCGAAGAGGCAACCUGACUCGCCGAAUUUACGGGUAAAAUAUUUCGUAUCGGUCCGGUGCCCGCACGAACAAUUUUCCUUGAGUUUCAGAUGAUACUGUUCAAUAAAAAAAGAGAGAUCGUAUUCACUGGAUACGACUGUCAAUUUCUAGAUAUAUCCGUAGACAUGAUCGCCGAGGGUAAUAUAAUGAUCGAUCGAUCUUUGA